CCACAAUGUACAAAUAUCUCAUUGGCAUUGUGAAUGACCAUCACCACUGGACAGUUGUGGAGGGCUUUGUUCCUUGAUCCCAUGGGAGAAAUUUCUACAAAUCUGAAAAGGUGUCAGGAUGAAACAAGGCUUUUGCGACACAAGGGAUGCAAUGUGUCAAGGUGGUCUCGCAGAACGCUGCCUCACCCAAAGCAAAAAGACGGCACAUCAUGUGGCGUCUUUGCUUUGGAAUUUGCAGAAUGUGUACUCAGAGAGGAGCCAGUUGUUUCUCUUAAUACGGCAGAGGGAGUGGAAGAAUUGAGGAAAGCAAUAGCUGUCACUCUUCUACAAACAGCGCUGUGCCAUGCCUGUGGAGAAGAAAGUGGAGAUUAA